AUGGAGAAUUCCUUGCUGGCUGCUGCUGGAGCAGCGGAGAAAUGGAACGGAGAAGUAGAAGAAGGCUUGCGAACGGCGGAGAUGAAAACGGUGGAUCUUGAGGCUUAUGCACCCCCUCGAGAGCUUCUUCAGAUACUUCCUCCCAAGUCAUUAAUUAGAGGGUCAGAGAUUGGUUCACAAAUUGGACCCAAUAACCCAAAAUUUGCAAUGGGAAUGCAAGCUCUUCUAGAUCUCAUUUUUGCAGUUGAGGGAUCUGUCUCAGAUGCUGCAAAAUAUCUCGGGUUAUCUACUGGAGCAGUGUCUCGGUUAAUCCUUUCUGAUGAUUCACUUAGAAAGGAAGUAAAUGAUCUGCGGGCAUCAAAGGGUAUGAAGCCUCUCAAGUAG